AUGGGUGAAAAGAUGGUUUUGGAGGAAAUCUUCGAACUUGGGGAAGCUGCUGUUAUGUUUGCGUCGGGCGUUGUUCUUUGCGCCAGGCGCGAUGACAGUGGUGACACAUUUUCUGGGGCCAUGCUGGGCGCAUAUAGCCCGUGCCAUAGAGAUGAUGCAGCAAGAGCUGCAGUUGGUCCAGCAAGACCUGCAGGGUCGCAGGAAAGCCGAGAUCUUGUUGAGUUUCGAAAGUGUAAUCCUCCACAGUUUGCAGGAGAUGUAGAUCUAGAGGUAGCUGGCCGCUGGAUCCGUGAGCUAGAGAAGAUCUUUACUGUCCUGGGAUGUCCUCUAGAGAGGAGGCUAGCUUAUGUUGUGUAUAUGCUUGUUGGGGAGGCUGAACAUUGGUGGAGAGGCACCUAUCAGAUGCUUGCUGCCAGAGGAGUUAUAGUUGACUGGGAAUGCUUCAGGACGGUGUUCAUGGAGAAGUACUUCCCUGAGAGGGUGAGGCACGCUAAGGAGGCUGAGUUUAUGAGGUUACACCAGGGAGGGAUGACAGUUUCUGAGUAUGCGAUGAAAUUCAAGCACUUGGCUCAUUUUUAUUCGCACGGUAUAGCUGAGGCCUGA